GUGCGGUUCGGCAGCCGCUUUUGCUCUCUCCGGUUUUUUCCCCAGAUUCCCGAUAUUGCCAUUUCCAUUUCGAUUUACGUUUCGAAAACAAUUGUUUUCCAGUGGUAUUUGUUUUUACAAGUGUGUGUGAAGUAUUAUUGUUAUUAUUAUUACUAUUGCUCGGUGAAGACUAUAAAGUCUUGGUAAAAAAAACUUGCGAAGGUCAGCGCCGCGAUCGCCUCUUGUCUCUGCGAGUGUUCGUCUUGUGUGUGUGUUUCGAGUGUGUGUGUCGUAAUCGCCGUGGGAGGUCUUGUUUAGGGGCCUCUGAUCUGGCGGUGAUCGUGUAAAAGGGAAUUUCCAUACGUCGGCUGCUGGUUUCUAGGGCAACAGGAUAUUCAACAGAGAUCUGGAUUUGGUUAAGGCUUAAGAUCUUGAGAGCUUUUUGGGCUAGAGAUCCACUUUCCCCACCAACUAUGACCUGCUCCUGGAGGACGACGGUGUCGGCGGUGCAAUAGCUCCAAGCAGCAAUGUUGGCCGGCGGCAGUAGUGGUGACAGCACUGAAUACGGACCCACCUUGCGGCGUCUGCCAGCAACCAGCGAGGAGACAGCAGGCAGGCAGCAGCACCGUCUCUCGGUUGGCACAACGCCCAAGCGGCCCCAAUCCCACCACCAGCGUCCUGGUCCGAUGACAGCUAGCACCAGUAGCGGAGCCAGCGGAAACGGUCACCAGAGCAGUGCCUCGGGAGUUGCCUCAACAAAGGGGGGGAACAACGGGGAAAGGGGAGCCAUGACAACGGUAACAGCAGGAGCCUCCUCCACAGGUAAGGCUACGGUCAGUCAGGGUCAUGGCCAUGUCCGUGGAGGUGGAGCUGCAGCAGCACGCAGCACUGCUGUUGGAGCCGGUAACCGUUCCCAUGUGGACGUGGGCUUUGUGGGCGGCAUUGAAACCUAUUUGGGCCUCAUCGGUUGGCGAAAGAAGUGCCUCUACACGCUGCUCCUGCUCCUGAUGCUGCUGAUUAUCACCAACCUGGUGCUCACCCUCUGGAUACUCAAAGUGAUGGAGUUCUCCACGGAGGGCAUGGGACAGCUGAAAAUCGUACCUGGCGGCAUACAAGUGUCGGGCCAGGCCAUAAUUAUGGACAUGCUGCGUGCCUCUACCAUACGUUCGCGGCAUGGUCAUCCCAUAUCCAUAGAAUCAUCACGUAAUUUUUCAAUCAAUACACGUGACCCGAAUGGUUUGAUAGAGAAUCAUUUAUUUCUGGGACACGACAAGUUCGAGUGCCUCUCCGCGGGAUUUCGCAUCAACGACACCAAUGGCCGUAGCCUGUUCUCGGUGAACCGGAAUGAGGUAACCAUUGGUGCCCAUGCCUUGAGGAUCGACGGCGAGGGUGGUGCAGUCUUUCGGGAGUCGGUCCAAACGCCGCAUGUCCGCGCAGAGCCAGGACGAGAGCUCAGACUCGAAUCGCCCACCCGGCAAUUGGAGAUGACGGCGGCCAAGGACAUUAAUUUGCAGUCGCGGGCUGGUGGCAUUGAAGUGGUAGCCCUCGAGGAUGUCAAAUUCCGAGCUCUAGAUGGAAGCCUCCGCUUGGAGUCCUCCAAGAUCCUAAUGCCCAACCUGCGUACAGCCCAGCCACCCAUUUUGGGCACUGCCCAGAGCCGGGAUCAUAUGCAUCGGGUCUUCCAGCUGUGCGCCUGCUCGAAUGGCAAGCUCUUCCUGGCGGCUCCCCACUCGAUUUGUGCCGGCGAUGACUCUACGGUUUGCAGAUGAUUCCAGGACCAAGGCUUCGGGCAAGGAAGGAGGUUCUAAGGAGUACAUGUUGAAUUAUUUAUACGCUAAAUGUAACAUAGGGAAUAUAACUAACUAACUUAGAGGCACACACACAUAUGUAUGGAUAACCCAGAGAAUUCGAAGAACAAAAUCAAGAGCUUCUUAGACACUUGGAUGUUGUGUACUAGUAAAUAUAAAUACUAAAUCCACACAGAGACAUAGGCAUUAACCUCAUAGAAGAAUAAACUAAAUGCAGAUCAGAUACCCCAUAAACCUAUACAGAACCAGUAACAGUAACAUAAUGUAUAUAAAACCAUAUAGGCUCUCGUGUAGAUAAUAUCGCAAGGAUCAUUAUGUAAUGGCAUAUCUAUGUUAGUCCAUAAACCCAUUAAAUAUACCACAAAAAACACCUAAACGAAGACAAUGAAAUAUCAUCAAAUGAAUCGCAAGAGCUAUAACACUCACACGAAUGCAAUAUGAAUAUCAGAAUGAAUAUUGAGAAAUAAAAUAUGAAUAAAUGAUA